UAGAAAGCAAUGGCCAGUUAGUGCGAGUGUCGCAAGUGUGUGCAACCUGCCGCGGCUGGCUCCUACCCGGGAUCCCUGACUCGCCCCCCUGGCUACUUACUGCUGUCAGCCCAAGGUGACUUGUCUGCGCAAUCUGGAUGUUCCUAUGUGGGGGCCACACUAGCCUCUGCUCCGUGUCACUGGGACUGCGACUGUCACACCCCCCCAAAUAAGUGCAACUUCAACCGGAGACAUGGGCUGUGGGAAAAGGCAUCUUCUCCUGGGGGCAUUCACUUGCCUGAUGUCCACUGUUUUCUGCAUGCCCCCAGAAUGUAUCAUCAUGGCGGAGAUCGCCCAGAAACAUGACGAAUGCGUGCAGAUCUCUGAAGCUGAAAACCAUACGUUGGGCUGCAAAGCAUCAUGGGACAACAUAACGUGUUGGAGGUCGGCGAGCGUCGGAGAAGUGGUGGUGAUGCCGUGCCCCGAUUACUUCGGCUUUUUCUCGAAUGUGCAAGGGAAUGUUUCCAGAAAUUGUACGGAACACGGCUGGACGGAUAUGUUUCCUGCUCCCUAUGCAAUUGCCUGCGGCUUUGAUACCAACAACACCACCAAUGGGCAGACUGAAUUCUUCUCGAUGAUAAAGACUGGCUACACCAUCGGGCACAGCGUAUCCCUUAUUUCUCUCACCGCGGCAAUGAUCAUCUUGUUUUUUUUCAGGAAGCUGCACUGCACCAGGAAUUACAUCCACAUGCACCUCUUCAUGUCCUUCAUCAUGAGAGCCAUCGCCGUGUUCGUUAAGGACAUCGUCCUGUUCGAGAGCGGAGAAUUCGACCACUGCUUUGUGGGCUCAGUUGGCUGCAAGGCUGCCAUGGUUUUCUUCCAGUACUGCAUCAUGGCCAACUUCUUCUGGCUGCUGGUGGAAGGCCUGUACCUACACACGUUAUUGGUCAUCUCUUUCUUUUCAGAGAAGAAGUAUUUUUGGUGGUACAUUCUCAUUGGCUGGGGUUCACCUACGGUAUUUAUCACAGCUUGGACAGUCACCAGGAUCCAUUUUGAUGAUUCUGGGUGUUGGGACACCAUUGAAUCCCCUUUCUGGUGGAUCAUCAGAGCUCCCAUUUUGAUUUCCAUUUCGGUAAAUUUUAUUUUUUUCAUCUGCAUCAUCAGGAUCUUAGUUCAGAAGCUGCACUCCCCGGAUGUGGGGAGGAACGAGAACAGUCAGUAUACGAGACUGGCCAAGUCCACCCUUCUGCUCAUCCCGCUGUUCGGAGUUCAUUAUAUCAUGUUCGCCUUCUUUCCCGAUAACUUCAAAGUGGAGAUCAAGCUGAUUGUUGAACUAGUCCUUGGAUCAUUUCAGGGCUUUGUUGUGGCUAUUCUCUACUGUUUCCUUAAUGGAGAGGUUCAAGGAGAACUGAAACGCAAAUGGAGAAGGUGGCAUCUGGAAAGGUUUUUGGGAUCAGAUAUGAAAUACCACCACCCUUCUUUGGGUAGCAAUGGAACUAACUUCAGUACACAGAUUUCUAUGUUGACAAAAUGCAGUCCAAAAACCAGAAGGUGUUCCAGCUUUCAAGCUGAAUUCUCUUUAGUCUGAUGUCUUGGGCCAAUGUAGAACUACAGAGCCAGACAUUUUAUCAUUGAGGACAUCAUCAUAACAUUCUAGAGGAUGACUCUGCUCGAUUGAAAGUCUGAACAGAUUCUGUCUGGAAUUGCACUUUAGUAGGUUUCGGGACCCUUGGAAUGUCCUUAAGCUUGGAGUCGUCCGGGACUGGCCAGACCAUUCGCAUUUCGUUAAAUACAUCGCAAAAAAAAAAAACAGAAGACGUCAAUGGCUUGACUUCAAACUGGAAGGUCUUUUAAUAGUUGUUCAGUCAAGAUGGUCUUCUGAGCUCAUUUGAAACAACAACAAAAAACUUUUUACUGAGCCUGGAAAAUAAUAUAUUUAUUUAGUAUCAAAACCUGUGGAUGAAAUGCUAGAAGAAUCGGCUCGUGGCGCCAUUCCCAUAUAAGCUAAACUGAGCUGAACUUACCGCAAUGACCGCCAUUUGUCGAGUCAAUAGAGACGUGUACGCUAUGUUAUAAAUACUAGAUGGUAUAAAUUGCAAAACUGUGGCCGUUACGUUAAAAAUCGUGACAAUAUCGGGUUUCCUUUUCCACAGUCAUGCUUUUUUUUAUAGGUUUUCAUAUGAGUGAUUUAAUAUACAACCUUAUAGAGAGAAACAAUUAGGAAGUGUGUACUAAGGGGGUCGUUAUCAUAUUAAUAUAUAUAUAUAUUUACGCGUGAGAGUGAGAACAUUAUCUGGAAAUGUAGUGCUGUAAAUGGAAAGCUUAUUUCCUGGUAAUCAUCAUCAACUUCCUUCCCAAAGUUGGCAAACCACUGUGCGUUUUUUAAUUCAAAAAUAUUUGAUUUGAUAGAUAUAUAUUGAUAAGAGAGACUAAUCUCCAGUUGUUUUAAACUAAUAAUAUAGGAACCCAUCAUAUAAGCAAAUGCCUAACAAUUGUUCCAUGUAAGGGUGGCAGUUUUGACAGAUGGCAAGUCAAGGCUGAUAUUCUGGUCUAGUGAUCAUCUCCAUUGGAGCUUGUGUAAAAGGUCAUCAGGCAUAGUUCCCCUUGCAAUCUGAUCAUUUGUUUUGUGGUUGAACCAUUUUAUCAUUAUACUAUGGCCACCCAACGUGUGGGUGAAGAUAUCUCUGUGUAGCAACCUUUAGGUCAACACUGUCUCCAUCAUUACUAAAAUGUUAUUUUAUAGAGAUCUUCUCAUUAAUGAAAUACAAACCUUGCAGAACCUCA